AUGUCCACGCAGUGGCGUCCACGGUGUGUCCAGUCUUUGCAGCACGCAGAGCACAGUGAGCCCCAGGUGCUGGCUCAGACAGGGGCCGCCACACUCCGGGUCUUCAGCCACAGAGGCGAAGCCCAUCCGCGGCCCGGGCUGAGCCUGGACCGUGGGCGGCACGCAGGAGAAGCAGCACCACCCCUCGGUGCUACUCUGCCGAGGAGACACCUGCUGGCGCGGGCCGCCAGGUGGGAGCAGGCGCUGCCGGUAGCCCUGGUGUCCAGCCUGGAGGCGCGGCGGCAGCGGGUGUUGCCGCAGGCUGGGGCCCGGUGCCCGGCGCUGCGGCAGGAGCAGGUCCUGGAGGCAGAGACCAACCGGCGGUCCAUCUCUCCCUGGAGAUACCGCGUGGACAGAGAGAGCCGCUACCCGCGCCAGCUGGCCUGGGCCGAGUGCCUGUGCCGCGGCUGCCUGAGCGUCGCCACGGGCGGCGAGACGGCGGCGCUCAGCUCCGUGCCGCUGCUGCAGAGCUGCCCAAUAGACGGUGUCCCGUAA